AAGUGAGUGUUUCUUUGUGGUUGGAUGUUGACUGUUGCCAGCUUUCAACAAACUAGGAAGUGGCGGCUCUUGUGUUCCGUACAGAGAAGCAAAGUCCGUGACUCCGGUGAACACGGUGUCAGCCAUGUGUCCUCCAGACGUCCAUGUCCCCGUCGGUCUGCUGUGAAGAGGAAGAUGACUAAUUUCAUCUUGAUGAGUUUGAGGCCGCUUGGAAUGCUGAACUUAUUUCACCAAAUCCUACCCUGAAACUCACUGUUUUUUUUUUUUUCGCAUCAUGGCUCCUGUUCCUCCAGGGAUCCAUCUGCUGGUGUCCUUCAACAGGGAACAAUGGUACCGAGGUCUUACCUUCAUGCUGACCUUCCUGCUCUACACUAGCUUUCACCUUUCCAGGAAACCCAUCAGUAUCGUAAAGAGCGAGCUUCAUAAGAACUGCUCAACAGCCAGUGAGCUGGCAGCCGCCAGCGGCGCUGUGGCCAGCGGUGGAGGCCAGGAAGCCUCUUUCCCUUCACCCCACACUGAGACGCAGUGCAGCUGGAAGCCUUUUGAUAAAAGCAACUACAAGCAGCUGCUAGGAGCCAUGGACUACUCUUUUCUCUGUGCCUAUGCCAUUGGGAUGUACCUCAGCGGCAUCAUUGGGGAGCGCCUGCCUAUCCGGCUGUAUCUCACAGUGGGAAUGCUGAGCAGUGGGCUUUUCACCUGCCUGUUUGGACUUGGUUACAUUUACAACAUUCACAGCCUCGGCUUCUAUAUAUUUGUUCAGGUGGCCAAUGGUUUGGUUCAAACUACUGGUUGGCCCAGUGUGGUGACCUGCAUUGGCAACUGGUUUGGAAAAGGAAGGCGUGGGCUCAUCAUGGGACUUUGGAACUCCCACACCUCAGUGGGGAACAUCCUGGGCUCUCUGAUCGCUGGGUACUGGGUCUCCUCUAACUGGGGCCUUUCCUUCAUUGUACCAGGCCUCAUCAUCGCAGCCAUGGGAGUCGUUUGUUUCCUUUUCCUUAUUGAACAUCCGAAUGACUUGAAAGGCGUAUGUACUCAGAACCCGUCUCCUGGCAGCAGCGUCUCAGCCAAAAGCUGGAGUGGAGCAAAUGGACAUCCGAAAGUAUAUUUGCAAUACAAGGAUAACAAAAAGCAGGCCUACAACUUUUUUAAGGAAUGUCUUCAAAAUAGGAAGAACUACGACACGGAGCUGCUGCUGCCCCGGGACGCUGUGUGUGUCCCUGCCCAGCCGGUCGUGGUGGUGAAGAGCGAGUCGGAGCCUUCUGCCAUCAGCUUCAUGGGAGCGCUGCGAAUACCCGGAGUGGUGGAGUUUUCUCUCUGCCUGCUCUUUGCCAAGCUGGUCAGCUAUACCUUCCUUUUCUGGCUGCCCCUCUACAUCACCAAAGCAGCUCACUUGGAUGCAAAGAAAGCUGGAGAUCUCUCCACCUUGUUUGAUGUUGGAGGAAUUGUGGGUCAGCUGAUUUGGUGUUUCCCAGGAAUGCUGCUCGUAUGUGGAGGUCUGGUGAAUGGACCAUAUGCUCUCAUAACAACUGCUGUGUCAGCAGAUCUGGGAACACACAAAAGCCUGAAAGGCAAUGCCAGGGCUUUGUCCACAGUCACAGCCAUCAUUGAUGGGACAGGAUCUGUAGGUGCAGCUCUGGGCCCCCUGCUGGCAGGUGUGUUGUCUGCAGGUGGCUGGAAUCAGGUCUUCUACAUGCUAAUGACUGCUGACUUCCUCGCUUUGCUGCUUUUAUUACGGCUGGUGGCCAAGGAGCUGUCCUCAUCCAAGUCCCACCCUGUCUCUGCUAUAGAGUUGAAGGAGCACUGAGCAGCACCAUGAUUGCACUGUUGCCACACACAUCCCUCUCUCUGAAACACACACACUGACCACUCGUCUCAGCCUGGAAAGGAGGGCAGCUCAGCUGAUCUCUGGACAACAUGACAGGCUCAAAUGCACCAGAUUUACUCUGGAGAAGAGCUGGAAACUGAAGAUGAACCAAGCUCAGCAGCAGCACACUUCAAGUUUCAUGUACCCUCAGCUUAUGUGUAUCUUUCCUCAUAUAUCUCUUGAAAACACAGCUGAUUCCUGUUUAACAACCUUUUUAUUUUUAACCCACAGAGAAAUCUGAUUUGGUUUUACUCAGAUAUUUAUAACAGAUCCCUGUUUAAGGAAGGACAGAAUCUUUCUAAUCAUAGUGAUCACAACUCUAAAUUAGCUGCCAUGUUUACAUUCAGAUAAUAGUUUUUAUUGCUCCAGCUGGGGAAGAAUAGCAGACUGUAGCAGGAGUCUAAAAAACAGGGCUUCAUUUUGAACCAUAUGCUAUAGAUACCAUGACUGGUAUUCAUGGUCUAAGUUCGUAGCGUCAUAUUAAUUAUAUGAAGCCUUAUGAAAAAUUCAGAUCAUAGGGUUUUAUCUUUGUUUUUUAUUCUCUUGUUGCUAACAGAGGAUGUGAAACACUUAGAAUUUGAAUCAGUUGCUGCAGUCAUGACGUUUGUAGUGAAAAUCCCAGAGUUGGCUUUCUGAGCAACGUCCUGCCAGCUGCACCAGAUGCAGCUCUGUAGCGCUCACUGCCGUUUUGGUUUUGUCAUUCAUUUGUUGGAUUAUAUUCUUUUUGCAGAGUGCCGUUUUAAUUUGAAGUGACUCAUCUGUCAGUCAUAGAUCAGAACGGCAGAGACAGCAUCUCUAUAACAUGAGUGCUGAAGUCGUCUCUCUGCUGGAUGGAGGUGAGCUUCAGUCGUAGCAGUUUGCCGUCUGUGCGCCGUCCCAGAUUAAGCGCUGUUUUUCAGCAGUUGACCACUGAAACGAAAAGCUGCUUUUGCCUUACUGAACCAAAGAGAUUAUGAGAUCACUUUAUGUGUUGAUUUGAGCACACUUUAAUCUGUAUGUUUAUUUCUGAUUAAUAUUUUUGUAUUCUUUGUCUUGUAAUGGGGCACCAAAGCUCUAUUUUUCUACGCUGCUAAGAGGAAUGUGGUCUGUUUGUGCUAGGCGCCUGGGGUGAGCGGGUCUAAUAAAUUAUCAAUGCACUUGUCUGAUUAGAAGGUUUCAGGCUGAAGUUGUUUAUUUUCAAGUUCAGUUUUUUGCAAGGUUUUUAUUUAGAACAUUUUGAGUUAAGUUGAAACAUUCAGUAAUUAUUUCUAAUUUAUCAUUUGCUAAGGUGAUUAGUCCUUUCAUUAAAAAUUGUGAAUCUUGCAAGAUGCUUAGCUAUUUUUCUGUUUUAUUUGUUAAUUAUUUAUAGUAUGUUAAUUUAUUGACUACUUAGAAGAUAUAUAUAUAAUUGUAUCUUCAUUAAAAGAAGACCACAUAUAUAUUUAUUUUGGGAAGGUGGAAGGACUUUGAGUACUUGAAAUAUCUUGUGCCUUGUUUGUUGUAACUGAUUUUCAGAAAGAAAAUCACAAAUGUAUGAUUUCUGUAACUGUUCUUUCAUGGAACAUAUUGGGGAAAAGGAAUAAACUUUGGUUUUGUGGGA